CACCUUCGCCACACCUUGGUGGCGCGCAAGAGAACGCAUGCGCCAAUGCGCGCGGAAGGCGGGAUCUGGCCAACCUGGGGGUGUCCAGCCGUCCUGUGUACCCUAGGUUGGGCGCGGAUUGUGUGGUGUUGCAGUUCGCCGUCGAGAUGUUGCGCGUGGUGAGCUGGAACAUCAAUGGGAUCCGGAGCCCCCUGCAAGGGAUGGUAUACGAGGCGCCCAGCAACUGUGCAGCCAUGGCCGUGGAGCGCAUUUUGGACAAGCUGGAUGCCGACAUCGUCUGCCUUCAGGAGACCAAAGUGACCAGGGAUGUGCUGACAGAGCCCCUGGCUAUCAUUGAGGGCUAUAACUCCUAUUUCAGCUUCAGCCGUAACCGCAGUGGCUAUUCUGGUAAAUGGGGCUUUUUGGGGACUUUAAAUUAG